CAAAAUCACCGGAAUUUCAGUACUGGGAGUACCAAAAAGUCGAGAUGCAGCUGCAGUACAUGACCAACGAUGAAUGCAGAUCGGACUUCAGAGUGGACUUGGCAGAUCUAGCUGUCUUGGCAGAAGCUUUGAGAAUCCCGGAGAAGUUUGUUUGCCCCAACCGGACGGUGGCAACAGGGAUGGAAGGUCUUUGCGUUGCUCUUAGGCGUUUUGCUUAUCCCUGCAGGUUCAGUGACAUGAUACCUCGCUUCGGUCGCUCUGUUUCAGAGUUGUGUUUGAUCGCUUCAGAGGUGACUGACCAUAUAUAUAAUACACAUGGUUAUCUUUUGACCGAUUUAAACCAACCUUGGCUUCAUCCUGAUCGUCUUCAAGAAUAUGCUAACGCAGUUCACGACGCUGGUGGCGCUUUGGAGAACUGUUGGGGAUUUGUCGAUGGCACAGUAAGACCUAUCUGUCGCCCUGGAGAAAACCAGCGCGUCAUGUAUAAUGGCCAUAAACGUAUCCAUGCCAUCAAGUUUCAAUCUGUUGUGGCACCUAAUGGCCUUAUUGCAAAUCUUUAUGGUCCAAUAGGUACAUUUUAUAUUAAAUAAUAUAGUGUAAUGCAUUACUUAUUUCCUACAGUGUCUAACCAUACAGUAUAUUCUUAUAGUGUAUGGAUUUAAUAAUUUUUGCAUACACUUAUAUAUUUUAUAGUACUUAUACUUUAUAUACUUAAUAUAUGUGCUUUUGUUUUUAGAAGGAAAACGACAUGAUGCCGGGAUGUUAAGAAUGUCCGGCCUUCUUGACCAACUGGAUCAACAUUGUAAUACCCCCCUUGGUGACCCUCUAUGUAUUUACGGAGACCCUGCUUACCCAUUAAGAAGACAUCUCCAGAAGCCAUACCAGCAUCCUAAUCUUGAUGAAAGGCAACUUGAGUUCAACCGGUCGAUGAGUUCCGUUCGGGUUAGUGUUGAAUGGGUUUUUGGUGACAUUAUUAAUUAUUUUAAGUUUAUGGAUUUUAAGAAGAAUUUGAAAAUUGGAUUGAGUGCUGUUGGGAAGAUGUAUUCUGUGUGUGCCCUUUUGCGAAAUGCAUUAACUUGUCUUUAUGGCUCAACUACAAGUUCUUAUUUUGGUGUUGACCCUCCUACGCUGCAAGAAUAUUAUCAACUAAAUUAGAAUGUGGUAGUGAAUAGACUUUAUGCACAAUGACAUCACAAGACUUGAUGCCUGUGGGGAAUGCUGGUCUUAGUAGUCAUUGCUUGGGAAAAUUUCAAUGGUGGCCAUUUUUAAUUGUUUAACUUUCCUGGGCAAUGACUACUAAGACCAACAUUCCUCAUGGGCAUCAAGGCUUCUGAUGUCAUCAUGCAUAAGGUCUAUUACACAUGUAAGAACACACAAGUUGUUACAAGCCUGCGGCAGACUUAUGACCAAAUUGCUGCCUUGCUACAAGCUGGGACGUAGUGAAGCAUCUGAAGUUGGGGG